CAAUUUUGUGUGUCUUAAACACACGCACGCACACACACUCACGCCCCAACCCGCCCACCAAUUGACAGUAGUGUGAGAGAGCGCGCGCAUGAGAAACAUGCACACCUAACGAUUUUUUUUGCAUACACAAUCAGAUACUCUCACACCUUAGAAUGAGUUUAGAUAAGUUACGGUCUCUGCCACCUCUAUCUUUCUUGUUUAUCUCGUGCGCACUCAACCUGUGCGUAAUAUUUAUGCGGCCACUUGCAUCUCCAGUCGUUCUUGCGCGUCUGGCGAUGCGGCUGUAACGACGCGCCCCUGUGGUUCACGUGCCACUUUUCAUGGCUCUUUUUUUCCGUGCAGGUCCAAUAAUCGUUAAUGUGCAUGGUUGAAUGUCAUCGCUUUGCUUUAAGGACUACGGUUUCCUGCUGCUGGAUCACUCACUGAACCUGUGGUUAGAUAUGACGCAUCGGUCACAGUAGGGACGCGUCUCGGAGAAGCAGAAAGGUUUUAGACAGAAGGGACAAGCGGAUCUGGACUACACAGGCGUCAUGUCUAACACGACGAAGAGCAAAAAGGAAAAGGAAAUCAUUACGGAGUAUGAGAGCCAAGUGAAAGAGAUACGGUCUCAGUUAGUGGAGCAGCAGAAAUGUCUGGAGCAGCAGACGGACAUGCGGGUUCAGCUCCUCCAGGACCUGCAGGAUUUCUUCAGGAAGAAAGCCGAGAUCGAGAGCGAAUAUUCACGCAACUUGGAGAAGCUCGCCGAACGAUUCAUGGCCAAAACCCGCAGCACCAAGGACCACCAACAAUACAAGAAGGACCAGAACCUGCUUUCUCCCGUCAACUGCUGGUAUCUGCUGCUGAACCAAGUGAGGAGGGAGAGUAAGGACCACGCCACACUCAGCGACCUUUACCUCAACAACGUCAUCACACGCUUCACUCAUGUCAGCGAGGACAACAUGCGUCUGCUCAAGAAGAGCAAAGAGAUCAUUUUCCAGCUGCAAGAAGACCUGAUGAAGAUUCUUAACGAACUCUACACGGUGAUGAAGACAUAUCACAUGUAUCACUCCGAGACUCUAAGUGCAGAGAAUAAGCUAAAGGAGGCAGAGAGGCAGGGUGAACGACAGGGCCGGGGCGGAGAGGCCGUCUUCAGUCUGCGCACCGAAGAUCGCCACCAACGGCGCAACGCUGCCCGCAAAAUCCAGAAGAUGAAAGAGAAGCGCCAAGCCAAGUAUUCGGAGAACAAACUGAAGGUUAUGAAAGCUCGGAAUGAGUAUCUGUUGACUGUGGAGGCCACGAAUGCUUCUCUGUUUAAAUAUUACAUCCAAGACCUGUCGCAUUUGAUUGAUUGUUGUGACCUUGGCUACCAUGCAGGCCUGAGCCGGGCAUUGCGCACCUACUUGUCAGCAGAAUACAGCCUGGAAACCUCUCGGCACGAGGGCCUGGAUAUUUUGGAGGGGGCUGUGGAGGGGCUGGACCCCAGUAAUGACCGGCAGCGCUUUAUGGAGACUCACCCUACAGCGUUCACCCCUCCUGCACGCUUCUCCUUUCAGCCACACAUGGGAGACCAGGUGAGUCAAAUCACAGCACUGCCGCAGGUGCAAGCCGAGCUCCUCCUCCGAUUCCAGCAGCUGCAGUCGCGCCUCUCCACACUGAAGAUCGAAAAUGAAGAGGUGAAAAAGACAUCGGAGGCCACACUCAGCACUAUCCAGGACAUGGUGAACAUGGAAGACUACGACGUGUCCGAGAGCUUCCAGCACAGUCGCUCCACUGAGUCGGUCAAAUCCAGCGUAUCAGACACUUACCUCAGCAAACCCAGCCUGGCCAAGAGACGCGCCAACCAGCAGGAAACAGAGCUCUUCUAUUUCACAAAGCUGAAGGAGUAUCUGGAAGGCAGUAAUCUCAUCGCUAAACUACAAGCCAAACAUGACAUGCUGAAGAGGAGCAUAGCUGAAGGAUACAGAGCAGACAUCAUGACAACCAGCCGUCGACGAAACUCCCACAGCAGGCACCAGGAUUCUGGGAAGGCCAUCCCACUGAUUGUAGAGAGCUGCAUUCGCUUUAUUAAUCUAUAUGGUCUGCAACACCAGGGUAUUUUCAGGGUUUCAGGGUCACAGGUGGAAGUCAAUGACAUCAAGAACUCUUUUGAAAGAGGCAACGACCCCUUGACUGACGAGGAGAAUAACCAUGACAUUAACUCAGUAGCAGGCGUGCUGAAAAUGUACUUCCGCAACCUGGACAACCCGCUUUUCCCCAAGGAGAAGUUCAACGAUCUCAUCGCCUGCGUCCGAACGGAGAGUUUGUAUGAACGUGCCCUCUCCAUCCGCAAGAUCUUGACCACAGCACCACGGCCAACACUCGUGGUCAUGAGAUACCUGUUUGCAUUCCUCAACCACUUGUCCCAGUACAGCGACGAGAACAUGAUGGACCCUGGAAACUUGGCUAUAUGCUUCGGCCCCACUUUGAUGCCCACCCCGGACCUCCUGGACCAGGUCUCAUGUCAGGCUCACGUCAACGAGAUCGUCAAAACCAUCAUCAUCCACCAUGAAACCAUCUUCCCUGACACCAAAGAGCUGGAGGGACCCGUUUAUGAGAAAUGCAUGAGCAAUACUGAGUACUGUGAAAGUCCGUACAGUGAACCUGGAGGGUUUGAGGAGGGGGAGCAGGAUGGAGGGACGGAAACACAGACGAGCGAGGAGGAGGGUGAGCCUGUGGAGGCCAUAGCCAAGUUUGACUAUGUGGGACGGUCUGGACGGGAGCUGGCCUUUAAAAAAGGAGCCACUCUGCUGCUGCUUCAGAGAGCGUCUGAAGACUGGUGGGAGGGACGACACAAUGGCAUUGACGGACUCAUACCACACCAAUACGUCAUGCUGCAGGAGGAUGAGGCCAUGUCAGACACUCUGAGCCAGAAAGCAGACAGUGAGUCCAGCACUACACCUUCAGAUGAAGUGAGCUCCAGACGGUCGCUGACGUCUCCUACUGAGCCAAGAAUCCCUGAGACCUUCAUCAGCCGACACCGGAAGCGGACGGAAGCCCUCCUGCGCCGCGUCCCUGGUCGCUUAAGCGACGGUCACUGCCACGGCAAUGGGCUGGAACGUAGCUCUCCUCCCGUAACGGUGACGGUAACGGGGCAUUUCAGCCCGCGGGAGCUACUGCGUGGGAACAGCUGUGUGGACAGUCCUGAGCACCACAGACGCACGGGACACAACGCCAACUCCAACGGCAACGUCACUGCCAACAUCAGCCAACACGAGUCCCUGCGCAGGGACAGAGAGCGGGAGAGUCCUCCAAUACGCCAGUCACCAUCCGCACUGCAUUGUGGGUUAGCUAUUCAACGCUCCCAGAAGCUGAACCCGCACACAAUGGCACAGCCUUUCCCGCAAGGCGACUAA